GUACUGACAUUACAAACGUCACUUCGUCAGCACUCUUGUUGCGGAGGAAAGGACAAGAUCGGAGAGUUGCAAAUGAAUCUAUAAUCCUGCGAACGGAAGACUAAAAGUGAGCAAUGCGUCCUGCAGCUAAAGUUGAAGAUCGUAGAUCUCGUUCAGUUCUGGUCAGCAGCUAUUAUAAACUCUCUCGGAAUGGAACUGCCUCUCCGUCAACAAUCCUGAUCGAGCAUUGCUGCUUGAUGACGAAGGGUAACAGAUGGGAGAUUGCUGUCAAAUACCGGCCACUUCUAAGUCACUGUGAUGACUUGCAAAACACCUGGAGAAACGUUACAGAAGUUUACCCCGAUGCCAAAGUUGAAGAAAAACAUAACGACAUCGAAGUAACGCUUCCUUCACUAAGAGAAGAUGUUGAAGUUGCGGCUUUUGGAACUCCAGGAAAAGAUGAUCAGAUAAGAAUGCAAAUGGCGGUCUUUGGGAGAAGGCCACCACAUGGAAGUGAAUGGAGGAUUCGAAUUUAUCUUUUACAUGAUACAGUAACAGCAUUCAAGAACGUUUGUAAGAAAGAAGAAGAAAUGGGAAACAGACUAUUGACAGCUCUCGCUGGACUGUUUGUGUCCAACACUAAUGAAGAUAUCAGAAUUGAAUUCACCACUCUUGAGUCUGGUUGGAAGAUCAAAGAGGGAAAAGUGAAGACGAUGAAUUCAAAAGAUGUAUGGAACUCGCCUGGAAACUCCAAUUUUCCUCGUCGUGAUUUCGUAAUAAGUCACGUUGACAAAACGAAGCAGCAGUUCUUCUGCGGAAUAACAGUAUCACACGGUAAUGACAGUGCCAGCACGGAAGUCGUGGCUCUGUUUGAGCAGGCAAGACGCAAGAUUGCCGACCGACCGUCGAAGUUUUUUCAGAAACCAAAGAGCGCUUGGAUGGACCUCUCACUCGGUCCUCUUGUUGGAGACAAGAGCGUUCAGACGUUGACGAUUUUUGAUUUGCUAGGGUUACUUACUGGUUCAGGGCUGAAAAGGCAAAUGUUAAAAGGACAGUAAAAUGCUACUGGUGGUUGGACAACUUUCCACAAGAAACCUAGCCUGCUGAGAAAAAGGAUUGCCCUUAAAAAGCGAUAUCCAUAUAGCGUGUAGCAUGACUUAUAUCAGACAGACUUAUAGCCCUAACUACCUUAGUUCGAGGUCCGUACAUACAUUUGGGAAGCUUACGGAACGACGACGGCGGCGCCGAGGUCGACGCCUAGUCAAAAAUGAAUUUAUAUUUUACCAGCAAAAUUCCCCAUUAUCUAGAUCCGUUCAGUAUGCCAAGGGCUCUAAAAACGUGCUCGGGCAAAAUAUGUAAUGGCAGCGUUCAAUUCCAAAGGGAAAGACGAAAAAUUAGCCAUCGUCGUUUGCGUUCUUCGGGCUACGCAGAACUUGGUUAUUUAGCAACGCCAUCGUCUUGCUGCACGUGGUUCCACUGAUUUCGCUUAUGAAAGAUCAGGCCUCGAACCUAAAUUCCCGUGGCACUUCAGCAUUGUACGUCAUCAGAACCACAGUUGCAGGAUAUUUUAGUUCAAAAAGGUAUCGAUACGACCUCUGGCGACUUCGUAGCUCGCUCGGCCGCUUCGCGACCUUCACAACGCCGCUUUGCGACCUAAAACUUCGCAGCACGCUUCGCUCGCUUAGCUUUUCUACCCUGAAACUCAUGAGGUUGACUGGUGGCAAGUCUACGCGUGUAGUGAUUGAGAGACUCAGUUGUCGCAAAAUAUCGUGAUUUGUCAGUGUCUUACAGAUCAAUUAUCUGCCGAAGCCGAGGCCGAAGCCUGAGGCGAAUAACUGAUCUGCGAGACACUGACAAAUCAGGAUAUUUUUUCGAUAAUUACCGACUUUGAUAUUCGCUUUAAUAAAGCAUUUUAAUAAAGCAUUUAAAACAUUG